GAGUCUCCUCCCAGGACCUCUGAGCCCCAGGACCUGGAGGGUUCAGGACAGAGGUGGGAGGGCCCUGAGACGAGUCUCCUCCCAGGACCUCUAAGCCUUCCGAAUGCAGAACCCCUCAGAGCCAGUGCCCUCCAGACCCCUCCUGAGCCUGCGUCCUGCCCUACCCAGAUGUUGAACCCCUGGUCCUCUUUUGUGACCCAGAGAGGGUAGGCACUGGCCAGAGUCCCAGCCUGUGGUGAGACCUGGCCUGGGACUGGGGGUCCUCCUGCCAGCCACGCUUCGCUUCGCUUCAGGCACCUGGCCGCAUAGGCACAACACACAGCACCCAGCAUCGUCCCCAUGGCCUGCCUGAGCCACUUGCAGCUCCAGAAGUUCCAGGAGGAUGGGUUCCUGGUGCUGGAAGGAUUCUUCUCUGCAGACGAGUGCACGGCCAUGCAGCAGAGGAUCGGCGAGAUUGUGGCUGGGAUGGAUGUCCCUCCCCACCUCCGCACAGAGUUUUCCACCCAGGAAGAGGAGCAGCUUCGAGCCCAGGGCAGCACAGACUACUUCCUGAGCAGUGGUGACAAGGUUCGGUUCUUCUUUGAGAAAGGUGUCUUCGAUGAGAGAGGAAAUUUCUUGGUCCCUCCAGAGAAAUCCAUCAACAAAAUUGGCCAUGCUCUGCACGCCCAUGAUGCCGUCUUCAGGAGGGUCACGCACUCCCCCAAAGUGCAGGCCUUGGCCAGAAGCCUGGGCCUCCAAAGGCCCGUGGUGGUGCAGAGCAUGUACAUCUUCAAGCAACCUCACAUCGGCGGCGAAGUCUCCCCUCACCAGGACGCCUCCUUCCUGUACACGGAGCCCCUGGGCCGCGUGCUGGGCAUGUGGAUCGCACUGGAGGAUGCCACGCUGGAGAACGGCUGCCUCUGGUUCAUCCCUGGCUCCCACACCAGUGGAGUGUCAAGGAGGAUGGUCAGGGCACCUGCUGGCUCGGUACCUGGCACCAGCUUCCUCGGGUCAGAGCCAGUCCGGGAUAACAGCCUCUUCGUGCCAACGCCGGUGCAGAGAGGGGCCCUGGUCCUAAUUCAUGGAGAAGUGGUGCACAAGAGCGAGUGCAACCUCUCUGACUGCUCACGCCACGUCUACACCUUCCACCUGAUGGAGGCUUCCGGCACCAUCUGGAGCCCGGAGAACUGUGGUCCCCUCCCCCUGCCACAGGCUCCAGCCAACACCAGAGCUGCCCUUCCCCGUGCUGUACACUUAGAGGUCUGACUGGUGACGAAGCCGUGGCUGCCAACACCACCUCGAGGCUGCCCCGGGGAGUCUCGGC